AUGUCGUUGUCGUUGCAUCGGCGAAACACACCGCUAACCAAGUGCGUGAUUACGUUCCUCUUUCUAGCUUUAAGCCUACAACAAUUCGUGAAAGUGAAAGGCGAUGGAGCUGCUGAUCUGGGGGUAACGGGCGGGAUACUGCCUCUGGAAUUGGAUCAGUUACAGGUGGUGAAUUUCCUGGUUGGAAUAUCGGCCGAUGGAAUUCUCUUAUCCAACGGUUCGGAUAGUCAGUGUGGAAAAGAUCUUGAAGUAUUUUUAAAAGGUGUCGAAGAACAAGACCCAUGGGCUUUAAAAGUGAUCGAUUCGUUUGGAGUUGCUCCACAAACCAUAACCUGGGGUAACUAUUUUUGGUUUGCGGCAAAAGAGUAUUGUGAGGAUUUAAACAGGCCCUACAAGAUUUCACUAUCAGGAAGAUAUCGACACAAGAGUCAUUUCAAUACAAGCAGUCCCUUUCCCGUGCGCUUUUGGAUGGUUUAUUUCAACUUUACCACCCCGGUGUAUGUGGAUUUGAACCUACAAUUUGAGCACAAAAUCCACGCUGGACUUUGCAUGCCAAAAAGCUGUACACACGAUGAAGUUCUCUACUUCAGUGAAUCAUAUUUCGCCAAGAAGAAAUUCGAACCACAACAACGUUUCAAUAUUGAUAUGAAUGUGAUUGAUGCCAAAGAUCCUAAAUUCGAAUGGAAAGUGUUGCUAACAACUGGAUUUCUAUUGUAUUUUGGAGUUCUAUCAUCAUUAAUUUUCUGUAUGAUUAUUGCUGAAAUAAUCACACAAAUUCACAAGCGACGAGCAUUAAAUGAAGAUGAAAAAAGUCCAAAACCAGAAAUAACAAGACUGGAAGAGUUCUUCUUAUGCUUCAAUUUGAGAGACAACUACAAAAGAAUGUUACAACUUGAAGGGUCAAAAGGCUUUCUACCAGUUAUUGCUGGAUUAAGAAGUGUUGUGUGCCUAUGGGUUACUCUAUUCCAUGUGUACUUUUACUCAUUGUUUGCAAUCAGUAAUGUUCCUUUGAUUUUUGCCAAGUUAGAAACUAUAGUUCUUCAACCUGUUUUGCAAUCUUGCUUUUAUGUUGAUGUAUUCUUUGUUAUCAGUUCGUUCUUGCUGUCAUACAAUUUCUUAUCAAACACAAAAAGUAUAGAAUCAAUACGUAAGAAUUCCUUUGGAGGGAAUGCGAAAUUUUUCUUCAAAUCCGUUUUGCACCGAUACGUAAGGCUUCUUCCAAUUAUGGUGGUCACAAUGAUUUUAAGUGACUGUAUUUAUGACUUCAUGGACAUGUUUUCACCCUUCCAAAUGGAUCAAUACAAUGGCCUCUAUUGCAAACAAAAUUGGUGGUACAACAUCCUGUUCAUCAAUAAUUUCCUGGAUCUCAAGGAUAUUUGUUCAUCGUGGACUUGGUAUUUGGGCUGUGAAAUGCAGUUCUUCAUAUUAUUCACUCUGAUUUUGAUUAUUUACGCCAAGCAUGAGCCUUUAGGAAAGUCUAUAUUUGUGAUUCUCCUGAUAUUCAGCUUGGUUGUUAGUUUCCUUUGCAACUACUUUAUGGGCAUCACUUUUCAAAUCGAUGUCAUAUUCGGAACCCUCGAACAGCUUUAUGUUAAACCAUGGGUACGAGUCAACUCUUACUUUGCUGGUGUCCUUAUGGGCUGGAUCUAUUUCCACUACAAAGACGAAGGAAUCAAUCUUAAAAUGUCUAAGAAAAUCAUUUUCUGGACCAUCACAUUCUUUAUCUAUCUCUUUACAAACUUUAUGAGUUUUUGGCGAUCAGCACCAGUUUGGUUGGUAGCUUCAAUAAUGUCUUUUGGAAAGUUCAUAUUUGGACUUUGUGUUGGUUGUGUCAUUGUUAUGUGUCAAUGGGGUUUUGGUGGUCCUUUCAAUGCACUAAUGUCAUCGAGACCAUGUUUAUUUUUAAAUAAGUUUUGUUUUUGCAUUUAUAUGAUAGCUCCUGUGGUAGUUGUUGUUGUAUUUGCAUCAAGAACUCAAGCUACACAUUUUAGUGAAGUCGGUUCGAGUAUGGAUUUUAUGGGAGUUAUUGUUAUAUCAAUAUUAAUGUCUUUAAUUGUUGUUUUAUUGGUGGAGAUACCAUUUCAGAAAAUAUCAUCAAAAUUUAUUGUGAGAAGAAAAACUAAGUGAAAAAACAUAAGAAUGAAAAUAUUGUAUUAUAAUAGACUUAAUUCAUGUCCAUUUUCAGCAUUGCAUACAAAGUUAGGUUAAGUAGU